CGCACAGUCACUCGUCCUUGGCGCCAUGCCCAGGUGCGCACAGCCGCCCCUUGCCCCGGCAGACGCCCUCCGCGCUCGCACAUCCGCGCGCCGCCGACACCCCUCGGAGCUCCCGGAGCGCGCCCCGCUCUCAGGGAUCGGCAGCAGGUGCCUCGCCGCGCAGACUCGCCGGGCGCGGGGACCGGCUCGGGCGCGGGGCCGGCUGGGGCGGGGCAGCGGCGCGCGUUCCCUGCCGGCCACACGGGCCGCCCUGCGCCCGGCGAGGGGCGUGUGCACCGGCUGGGGACCCGCGGGCCCCAUGUUCACGGAGCUGAGGACCAAGCCGAGCCCCCCGCGAGGCCGCGCCGGGGCUGUGCGCGCCGGAUUCGGGGAGCGCCGGGAUGUGGACGCCACUGCCCACUUCAGCUUCUGCCGGACCCUCCUGGAGCACACGGUGUCGGCCGAGAGCAUCCCCUGCCCCCUGCCUCGGACCCCGGGCACCAGCCUCACGUGGCACGACUCCCGCAGCCAGAGGGCAGCUGGCAGCCGGCAGGUCAAGCUCCUUCAGCAGCCCGGCACCGAGGCCCCCCAGGGCCGGCUGUACUCUGACCACGAUGGCCUGUACCACACAAGCCCCUCCCUGGGUGGCCUGACGAGGCCCGUGGUCCUGUGGAGUCAGCAGGACGUCUGCAAGUGGCUCAAGAAGCACUGUCCCCACAACUACCUCGUCUACGUGGAGGCCUUCUCCCAGCACGCCAUCACCGGCCGGGCACUGCUGCGGCUGAACGCGGAGAAGCUGCAACGGAUGGGGCUGGCGCAGGAGGCGCAGCGGCAGGAGGUGCUGCAGCAGCUGCUGCGCCUGCAGGUGCGCGAGGAGGGGCGGAGCCUGCAGCUGCUCAGCCAAGCUUCCUUCGGAAACAUGUCCUAGCUGCUGCCUAGGCUUGAACUCCGGACCUCAGCACUGUGACCGGAGCCCCUGACGAGCACGAGGCAGAGCUGGCCGUGCAGCCCCUCUCAGACCCCGCGUGACGCCCCAGGGGCCAAGCCCAGCCCCAUGGACAGGAGAACCCGGAUCCACACAAGAACUGUUCUGACAGCUGCAGCCCCCAUGCCCACCCAGUGGAGACCCAGCUAGCACCUGAGCAACCACUCGUGGGCCCAGCAGUGGGAUAGCUAGGGCAGUCCUGGCAGCCCCACCCUCUUGCACCUCUGCCCACUCAACCCCCUGGGGAUUCUGAGAAUCCUGGAGACAGAUGGGGCCGAGCCACCAGAUCCCAAGCCGCGCCCUGUGCCACCUCAGGAUGGGAGGUUGGUUGUUGCAGGUCCCAUGUGGAAUUUGAACAACUGGCCUGGUGCCCCCCAUCCCGUGCGCCUCCCCAUGGGAAGCCCCUCAUCCUGCCCGGCUGCCCUGAAUAUCCCUGGCCACCUCAUGCCAUCACGACAUGACCCUUUCCAGGGAGCCCUUCCUGUCUCUCUCCCCUUUUCCCUCCCUGUCUUGGACCCUCAGCCCCGCUGUGUUCCUGUCUUAUCUUCCUUGUUUUGCGCUUUUUUAUAUUCUGACAAAAAAAUCAGAAAUAAAUUUGGUUCUCAA